GCCCAUCUUUUCAAACAGUUUCAUGCUGAGUUGCCAUUCUUGUUUCAGACGUUAUUUUUUUUUUAUUUUCUAUGGAUGCUCUUUAUUAUCAGAGGAACGCAUGACCAAAUCAAAAGAGAAACAUUCAAUAUUUUGCUGAACGUGGCGCCAUAUAUCCAUUCCUGUGGAGGAUAGGAGGUCUUGUUAUUUUCAGCGGCGUUGAUACUAAAACCGAAUUGGAUCGGUGUAUCAGCAGACAUGUCAUUUCCUCAUCUGAACCAGAUAGCCCAGUUGCCCCCUGGCAUUUCCCCCACACAGUUUGCUGGGUUUACCACCACUGUUCCUACAGCAAGUCCGAUAAUCCCAGUCCCCGUGGGAAUGAUGACUCCAUCACCAGCAGUUUUGGUACAAACUGCAGUGCCAGUGGUUCAGAAGCUGACUAAGGACUCCAUUGGCACCCGUAACAAGGACUUGGAGGAAGGUACAGGCAACAACACAGGACCUACCACUACAGUAUUUGUGGGGAACAUCUCAGAAAAGGCUUCUGACAUGCUGGUUCGGCAGUUGUUGGCGAAAUGUGGUUUAGUCCUCAGCUGGAAAAGAGUCCAGGCUUCUGGAAAACUGCAAGCUUUUGGUUUUUGUGAGUACAAAGAGCCAGAGUCCACGCUGAGAGCUCUCCGACUGCUUCAUGAGCUGCAAGUGGGUGAUAAGAAGUUACUUGUAAAGGUGGAUGCGAAGACCAAAGCUCAGCUGGAUACUUGGAAGGCCAGUCAGAGGAGACGAAAUGGGGCUCCUCAGACUGGAGAAGAAGCUAAAGAUGAAGAGAAAGAAGAGGUUCUGGACGAGGAGACGGAGCGGCGUGAUCAGAUGGUGAAAGGUGCCAUAGACAGUCUGAUUCGGGAGUACUCCAGCGAGCUCUCAGCCUCCUCACAGGAUGCUGAAGCCCAUCAACGCAAGAAACGCAAAGAGAAGAAGGAGGAUGAUAUAAAUGCCAUGGAGCUAGAAGAUGACAAGCGAGACCUGAUUUCCAGAGAGAUUAGCAAAUUCAGAGACACACACAAGAAGCUAGAGGAGGAGAAGGAGAGAGAACGGCAGCAGAUUGAGAAAGAGAGGAGAGAAAGAGACAAAGAGAGAGAGCGAGAGAAAGAGCGACGCGAUCGGGAGAGAGAGAAGGAGCGGGAGAGAGAGAGACAGAAGGAGAGAGAAAAGGAGCGAGAGAGAGAGCGAGACCGCGAACGCGAACGAACAAAGGAAAAAGAGCGAGAGAAGGAAAGAAGUCGUGAUCGCAGUAAGGACAGAAGCAGAUCAAGGGAGAAGAGUCGAGAAGAGAAGAAAAGAGAGCGCGAGGAAGAUGAGGAGGAGGCAUAUGAACGACGGAAGCUGGAGAGGAAGUUACGUGAAAAGGAGGCGGCCUAUCAGGAGCGCCUGAAAAACUGGGAGAUCAGAGAGAGGAAAAAAGCAAGGGAUUACAGUAAAGAAACCGAGAGAGAAGAGGAAAGGCACAGAGAGAUGACUAAAGAAGCCAAGCGCCUAAAAGAGUUCCUGGAGGACUAUGACGAUGACAGAGAUGAUCCCAAAUACUACAGGGGCAGUGCAUUGCAGAAGCGAUUGAGGGAUAGAGAGAAAGAGCUGGAAUUAGAUGAGAGGGACAGAAAACGAGAGAAAGAUGAGUUGGAGGAGAUCAGACAGAGACUCCUAGCAGAAGGACACCCAGACCCUGAUGCUGAGCUUCAGAGGAUAGAGCAGGAGGCCGAAAAACAGCGGCAGCCUCCUCUAAAGCAAGAGCAGAGCGAGGAGAUGCUGCCCAUCUCCCACGAGGAGCAUCAGAGAAAAGAAGAUGUGGAGCAGGAGGCGUACUCCUCAGACAAUAACAUCACAGACCGAGAGGAAGACGAAGAGGAGGACGAUGAUGACCGAGAGGUCAAGCCAUGCUUGAAGCCCACACUCAGACCUGUUCCAGCGGCACCCUCUAUCUCUUCAGCCAGUGGCAAUGCCACGCCCCUCACACCUGGCAGCGAAUCACCACAAGGCAUCACAAUGCAUGAGAAUGCCUCACACGAGGCCCCGCCCACAGAAGAGCUAAGGCCUAAAAUAGGCCUCAGUCUCAAACUAGGUGCUGCAGGCAGUCCUAAAUUGCCCCAGGCGGGAAGACGAAAGGCUCUUGCUACGGUGGACAGCGUAUUUAAUAAGUUUGAUGAGGAGGAGGCGGAGGAAGCACCCAAAAAGAGAAAGCUGGUACCUCUCGACUACAGUGAGGAUGAGAGAGGAGGCCUUAGCCUAGAUGGAGCAGAGGUCACAGGGUCACGGCCUGGUGUAAACACAGAAGAGAAAAGAAAACACAUCAAGAGUCUAAUUGAGAAAAUUCCCACAGUCAAACAAGAGCUGUUUAACUAUCCGCUGGACUGGAACAUGGUGGACACGACAUUAAUGGACAGGAGGAUCCGCCCCUGGAUCAAUAAGAAAAUCAUAGAAUAUAUUGGAGAAGAGGAAGCCACGCUAGUUGACUUUGUCUGUUCAAAGGUCAUGGCUCACAGCACACCAGAGGGAAUUUUGGAUGAUGUUGCCAUGGUGCUGGAUGAGGAAGCAGAGGUGUUUAUAGUGAAAAUGUGGAGGCUUCUGAUCUAUGAAACAGAGGCCAAGAAAAUCGGCCUGGUGAAAUAACAUGAACUGAGAAUGAUAGAAACAAGGAUAAAGUGGAUCUGGCUUCACUCUCCUGCUUUUAGAGCCUUUAAAUUAAAGUAUGGUGGAUGAACACCACAGACUGAUGCACUUCAACUCUUCCUAUAUACUCCAGAGGAUUAACUGCACAGCUACUGGUGUGAAUGAGUGGGUGUGUGUGUGCCCAUGUGCACACUGAUGUGUGUGUGUGCGCACUGGUUUUUGUGGUUUAUGGGGACAUCAUUUAAUAAUAAAAGUAUUACAUUUUAAAGGUGGUUUAUGAGGACACUGCCAAUGUCCCUAUAAUUCAAAGUCUUAUAAAACAUACUAAAUGCAAAAAUUAAUUCUGUAAGCGGUAGGUGUUGGGAAUUAGCACAUACAGUUUUUACAGUAUAAAAACCAUUACGCCUAUGGAGAGUCCUCAUAAACCACAAAUACCAACGUGUGUGUGUGUGUAUUAUAGGCAUGUGCCAGUUGGUCUGACAGCAUUGCCAAAACCGUGUAAACGUUGAAAGCUUCUUUCAUGCCCAGAUUAAAUUGGGAGUCUAGUUUGGCUGGCUGUUUUCCAUUUGACUUAGUUGUAGGUUUUAUUUAAUUAUUUUCAGUCUCCAAUUUUUAGCACAACCGAUUUAAAUCAGCUUACAUUUUUUUUCCUGUUAUUAACUGAAUUCAGUUGGAUUUGACUACCUACCUGCCUCAUUACAGGGAAGUAUGAUUUUUGUUUUUGUGCUGUAUUAUUAUACAAACAAACAAUGUUUGAAUAAGGAUUAAAUAUUUCACUGUAAACAAGCUGAAUGAAGCCAUACCUGUGGAGAUACGGGAUUUUCUCCAGGUUUGUCUGGUUUUGCGGCAGUGGUUUUGAAUGUGGUGUAUUUUGCACAUACCAGCCCAUCUGAAGGUUUGUUUCCAUGGUGAUUGAUUUGACUUUGAAAUAUUAAAAUGUCUGAUUUUCUAAACUAGAA